AUGUCUUCCUUCUUCCUGCCCCCAUCUCCAGUCAAGGGUGAAUACGCCGAAAAGGAAGAGUGCAGUUUGAAUCCAGAGCCAAUGGAAACCCGAGAAGAUCCGGGGAUCCUCUAUAACUGCCAGCAAGAUUAUGAAGAAUACGAAAACAUUAAACUAGAGAGACACUCUGGGCCAUACGAUCUCAUCCGGCCAGCUGGCGGAAAGAUGAGCUGCGACAUCUGUGGACUGGCCUGUGUCAGCAUCAAUGUUCUGAUGGUUCACAAAAGAAGCCACACAGGUGAGCGCCCCUUCCAGUGCAACCAGUGCGGGGCCUCCUUUACUCAGAAGGGCAACCUCCUCCGCCAUGUAAAGCUCCAUACUGGGGAGAAGCCGUUCAAAUGCCACCUGUGCAGCUACGCCUGCCAAAGGAGAGAUGCUCUCACUGGUCACUUGAGGACACAUUCUGUGGAGAAACCGUUCAAGUGUGAGUUCUGUGGACGGAGUUACAAGCAAAGAAGCUCGCUGGAAGAACAUAAAGAGAGAUGCCGCACCUACCUGCAGAAUGCCGGUCUUGAUGAAACUAAAAGCGUGGAAGGGAGGCACGUCAAAAUCGAGAUGGGCAGUGAACGGGCCCUGGUGCUGGAUCGCUUGGCGAGCAACGUUGCCAAACGGAAAAGUUCCAUGCCUCAGAAAUUUAUCGGUAAGCAUAGGCUUUGCUUUGAGAUGAAUUACAGCCCGAGCUUCAUGUAUGAGAAGGAGAGGGACUCCGUGCUGCAGGGGUGCAUGGCGGAUCAAACUAUCAGCUACCUUGGCGCCGAUGCACUGCGCCCUCUUGUGCAGACUCCGACGGCUCCGACUUCCGAGAUGGUGCCUGUGAUCAGCAGCCUGUACCCCCUUGCCCUCACCUGCAAUGAAGCGCCCAAUGGUGGUCCACAGGACAUGGAGAAGGGCCAUGCCCAUCUGAGGGACAAGACCGUAUCUUCUGAAAGGGAUCUCUCGCCAAACAACAGUGGCCAAGAUUCCACAGACUCAGACAGUAACCAAGAAGAACACCAGAGUCAUGCCUAUCAUCAAAGCCAAGCGGGCCUUCCUCCGACACUGCAGACCCAUAAUGGGCUUCUGUCCUUCAAGGAGCAUGCGAGGGUGUUUGAUUUCUUCAGGCCACCUCCCCCUGAUGUCCUGAAGGUCUUCAACAAAGAAGGCGAGCCCGUUGGGGUCUAUCGAUGUGAUCACUGUCGAGUCUUCUUCUUGGAUUACGUGAUGUUCACCAUCCAUAUGGGAUGCCACGGCUUCCGUGACCCUUUUGAAUGUAAUGUGUGUGGCCACAGAAGUCACAACAAAUACGAGUUCUCCUCCCACAUUGUCCGCGGCGAGCACAGAAUAGGACUUAAAUGAAAUUUCUUCAUC